AUGGAAUCCAGCGAUCACGCUGAAAGGACAGAAAGGCCACGCUCAGACUCGGUGUCGAGUGUGCAUUCUCAUGACCACUUCAUCGAGAGGCUCUUUAUCGAGAGCGAAAACAAUCUCAGCAGAGACGUACUGCCACUAAGACCUCUGAUCGAGCCCAUUCCUGACUUGACACCCGAGUCAGCCGCUGAAUCUGUUGAGGGCCAAAAAGAGGAAAAGAAACCGACAGAAAACAUAUCCUCUACAUCAACUUCAACCUGGUUUGUCUUGGAAGGACUGGCGAUAGUUCUAUCCCUUUUAUUACUGAUCGCCAUCAUUGUCACCUUGUCUCAGUUUGACGGCCAUCCCCAACCUGCCUGGAAAUAUGUAUCGCUGAACUCCGUAAUCUCCUGGUUAAGCACCAUCUCGAAAGCAUGUGUGCUGUUUGUCAUCAGUGAAGCGUUGGGACAAUUGAAAUGGGUGUGGUUUACGCAAAAGACUCAAUCGCUGCCCGAUCUAGGGACUUUUGAUAGAGCCAGUCGUGGGUUGCAUUUCGCAGUUUUGGGCAGUCUGGCUGUCAUUCUCGCACUCGCCUUCGAUCCCUUCACCCAGAACCUGGUGCACUAUUAUUCGAAGCUGGUCACUGAUGUCUCGCAAAUUGCGACUGUGUCGAGUUCCGUUUUGUACAACGUGAUUGGUCUAACAAUUCACUCUGGCGCAGUAUGGUACGUGGACCCGGUAUUCAAGGCCAAUGUCUACAGUUCGCUACUCAACAACGACAAGACGAAGCCAUGGUCUAUCCCACAAUAUACCUGCAGCACUGGAAACUGCACCUGGGAUCCAAUUGCUACCUUAGAACUGACUUCGAGCUGCGCGAACAUCACAGAUCAUCUGAAGUUUGUUUGUUAUAACGACAAAGAGUUCAUUGCCGGAUACGGGGGGCCAAACUGCUCUGUCAAUCUUCCGGGCAGCCCUACCUCAGCGAGCUUCGUGUUCAAUAAAUCAGAUGGCUACCCAGUCACAGUAGCAGCCGUCAAAUCAACCCAGGCAAUAGUGUACAAAAAUCCAUAUCACUUUGCUACGCAGAUGAUAGCCCCAGACGGACUGCUAUUGGAAGGACCAUUUCUACCGGGAAAGACCAAAUGGCAGGCACUAGAAUGUGCCCUGAUUCCCACAGUCCGGAGCGUCCGUACAACCGUUACAAAUGGCACCUAUCACGAAGAGAGCCUAGCUACCUGGACGAACAUCACAUUUCAAUACGAGCCUUCAGGACCAGGAUACUAUCUCUAUCCGCCGUGGGGACCGGACAUGGGAAUGGAACAUAACCAGAGCUUUGUAUUGAGCUCACUGUCCUUUGUCGCGAUGGGAUGGUUCUUCAACAGUAUCUUCGGCGGCCGCGCGAAACUCAGUUCCCGAUUUGGAGUUACGUUUACCUCCUCCGCCGAUUCGUAUGCUGGCGCCGAUAUCAUCGAGGCCAUCGCAUACGCCAACAUUACCGGCUGUACAGCUAACACGGCCGAGAAAUUGCAAUGUGUUGUGGAAAAUGUGGCGGCGGCAGCAUCCAAGACCUUUCGGGACUCAGUGGCUCCGGGCUACGAGCCAGGAAACGGUACGAUUGUUGGCCAGGCAAAGUCCAGCAUGACUUAUGUUGCUGUUCAUUGGCAGUGGAUUGCUCUCCCGGCUGUAGUGUGGCUUCUAGGUCUUGCGACUUUGAUAGGUACUAUAUGGAAGACCCGACGGGGUAGCGUUCCACAGUGGAAGAAUGAUCUGAUACCUUUGUUGUUCUUGUAUAAAAAUGAACAGGAUGAGGGUGUCCCGGGCGAGAGGACAGACAGUCUCAAAGUGAGACUAUACAAAAGCGAUGAUAGGAUGGUGUUAGGUGAAUAG